UAUAUAUCAUUUCCUCUACAGAUGACGAGAUCCAAAGGCGACGCCGAGUGUAAUGAUCUGUGUUAAUUUCGGUGGCUGUUUAUUAAUACUUAUCUCCGACUAGGACAAUGUAAUGGAAACAUUACCAUAUAUGAAUCAUUGAUGGCUGGUUGGACUUGCAUCAAGUGUACGAUUUUAGUUGCAUUGAUUUCGUCAGUCAAAGCCGAAGAAUGUGCAGUAAAAGUAGAGCAGAUUGUCAGAAGGGAAGAGCCAUUUUUCAAUAGAACAAACUAUCGUGAAAGAUGUAAACUUCCAAUUGAUGGUUUCACAGAGAAAAGAGCACAGUGUAACGGCUACUUUCUUCACCCAAAAUGUAUAUGUUCUUUUUACAUGUACGAAUUAGGAAUAAAGGAUGUGUGUGAUCUUUCCGAUCCCAAGAAGAAUGGUAGCUUGGACCAUGUGACAGUGGAUUUCUGUAGAGAAUAUAGCUUCACAAAGAACGGACCAUGUCAGAACAAUGGCACAUUAAUUCCCUCCUCAGAUUUGGCCUCCUUGGAUGCAAAAUGUGAAUGUAAGGAAAACUAUAAAGGAGAAUUUUGCGACGAGUAUUACGGGAAAAUUAAGUGUCGAGAUACCAACCCCGGCGUGAAGUCGCCCCCAGGCUGUGAUGAAAAGGGAUUCAAUGGCCGAUAUUGUGUCCUUAAAAUUCAGGGAGUCAGCUUUUGGUGUGAUUCGGAGUCCCCUGUUUCAGAUAAUAUGGAGGACUGUUCUGUACAGAGACACCAAGCAACUAAUGAAAAAAUGCACGGCAGCUCAGGAACAACUAGUAUGAAAGCUGCAACAUUCCUUGUUUUUGUCACACUACUUCAAAUGUUAUGAAUGUGGAACAAAUGAGUGAAUCGCAUAAAGACUUCUACCUGAAGCAUUCAUCCACAAGUGUCUGUACUAAAACUUAAAGCGCACUAUAUAUAAUUGUACUGUAUGGUUGCAUUUAAGUGACAACAUUCUCCUUAAUAGAAAAUGUGGAUGUAACUUCUGACUGUGUCAGGUGUAGAAUUGCACAUGAAGUUUGAUCGACGCCUUGAAUGUAUCGGUUGUACUUUAAUGCGCGUAUGAAAGUUUACGGGUGACUACAAAUGGGGCAUUAACCGUCCUAUCAUUUUCCUCUAUUCAUUAUUUGUCAUUAAACUUUUUUCUCAACUCUGUUUUAUAUCAUUAAAUUAAAAUAUUUUUGAAAUAUAUUUGAAAUUAUUUCAAAAAGGCUCUAUUCAUUGAUAAUAUUGUUGUGAGCUGUUCAAUUUUUAAUUAUUGUUUAAUUUUAAGUUUUGUGGUAGAAAUGUUAUAACAAGCAUUACCUGGCCUACUUUAUAUAAAAGUAGGAGUUUAAUGUGAUUAAAUAAACCCUUUAUUUCUUUGUGAUUGCCCCACUGUAUGUCUAUUGAUGUUAUGUUUGUCCAUCACAGCGACUUAAGUGUUACCUCUUACGGAUCUGGUGAGGAGCUCUUAUGAUAAACUUGUGUUAUCCAGGAGAUGUGAACAUUGAAGGAGGAGGAUUUUUCCGCUCAGACAUGACAAUUAAUAAUUGUCAACAAAUGUGUGUGUGAUAUUUGUGCCGUUCUUAAUUGUUCUUAUAAGUACUAGUUAUGUUUGUGAAAUGGCAGAAAAUUUCAAAUGUAAAGAGUGUAAAUAUUUUAGACAUUAUGUAUAUAAUUAUUAUAUCAAUGUAAUUAUGCAUACAUACAUAUGCAAUUCAUACAUAUUGCAGUUUUCAUGACAGAAGAGUAAGGGUGCAUGAUGAAAUUUAUUAAACAUGGUAUAAUGAAUUCAACUUAUCAGAUAAUAAAAAACGAACAAGGCAUACACAAGUAUACUGUAAGACAUAUCGAUAUACAUGUACUUGCCUAAAAGUUUGUCCGCCUUUAAGUCGUUUGUAUUAUUAGGCACAUAUUUUGGUGGGAUUUGCCAUUGACCCUCUUAUAAGUUGGUACAAUUUUUUUGCCAAAAUUGGGUGACAAUUUCAAGUAAAUCCAGUGAUGUUUGAACUGGUUUCUAUUAAUAUUUUUCAAAAUGAAUCUUUAUUUAAUCUUAAAUCAUUAAACAAAUAAGUAAUGCUUACCCGGUACUCAAGAUACAAAAAAUAUCAAAAAUAUGUAAAUAUUGUAAAUAUUUGUACAUUAUGUUUGAUUUAAGAAUACAUAAAUCAUCGUGUAUAUACAUGAAUUUUCUUUGAUAAUCCACAGAAAUGCAUGUAAAAUACUACAUUUCAGCGUCCAGAAAAAUAUGAAUUUCUUUUAUAACUUGCCUAUAAGUCGGACAGAGAGUAUAAGACCAGAAUUUAACUCCCAAAACACUGACUUAUAGGCGAGUACUUGGUGUAUCCGGUACUCAUUCAUAAAAUACAUGUAAAUGAAAUACAAUUGAAAACAGAAUCAAAACUAACCUUGAAAUAAUAGGGAGAAAGUCCCCAUUUCCUCAAAUACCACGUGCCUGAAUUUCUUAAAAAUAUUAAUUGCUCAAAUUCCUAUACUCAGGCUAUAGAUCUCUAUCACUUGUUUUCUAGCACAACUUCACUAUAAUGAGCAAUUCAAUUAGAAUGCACACCAUAAAAAUCUUUAUUACUUUAUAACAAUGACCACAACACUCAAAUUGCUCAAUGAACUAAAAUAUGGUCUUUUAUUAACGCGUUAUUAUGAUAAAUUUGUAUGUAGUUCAAUAUUUUAUGUUCAGACUAAAAUAAAGUAUUAAAUUGUUUCAGAAGAAAGACUUCUAUACAAUCAAAUAAAGAGCAUUUUUUUAAGAAAUCAAUAUUGUACUGGAUGACAGUAAUGUAAUUCUGCUUCAACCAUAACUUACAAUGUAUAAAAAGUUCUUCCAUUACAAAUAUGGCAACAGAUUAUAGAUGUUCGUUUUCUCUUUCUUGACAUAGUAAAUUACAAUUUUGUGAUAAGAGAUUCUGGCAUCAAAUUGGUUUGUUUUAAUUACACUAUAUUUAUAUGUUAUUGUUAAUAUUAUGAAUUUAAUUUUUAUUCAUAUGCCAAAUUUUAAGCUGUAGUUUAUAAAAUGUUGUAAAUAUGUGUGAGGCUUUUCAAAGCCUUUUAUUCGACACUUAACAUUUUCAGUGUACAUAACUGAAUAAGAUUUUGUGAGAAUAAACAACACAAAAUAACUUUAA